GGAACACAUUAAUUAACUGAAAAAUGUUGCAUAGUAUGCCUUUAACAAACAAUAUAUAUUGGAUUUAGUGAACGUCAUGUUAGCGUGGUUUUUAAUUGAGUACUCUUUCAAUUACAGGAUUAUAGAUUAACUAAUAUUAUACUUAACCAUUUUUUCAGUGUACAGAAGUGAAAAACUCAUAUGCAAUGGAGUUGGAAGGCCUAAAGAGGUCACUUCAAUUCCUAGAAGAUGCUGGAGUCACUGUUACUGACUUGACAACAGACCGUCAUUCCAGUGUUAAAAAGUUUAUGCGCGAGAUUUAUCCAUCAAUUAAUCACUGGUUUGAUGCCUGGCAUAUAGCAAAAGGUAUUACAAAAAAGCUUGACGCAUCAUCAAAGAAAAAGUUAUGUCACACCAUCUCACCGUGGAUCCACAGCAUCUCCAACCAUGUAUAUUGGUGUGGGGCAAGCAGUGAUGGAAAUGCUGAGCUGGUUGUGGCCAAGUGGAAGUCGGUGAUGAACCACAUUGUAGACAUCCACGAACACCCAUUUGAGAACUUUCCAACCUGUGCACAUGAUGAGUUGGUAGAGGACAGAGAGUGGAUUGCAGAAGGUUCAAGGGCCCAUGUUGAGGUGAAAUCAAUUGUCACUAACCGUACUCUGCUUGCCGACAUUGGUAAAUUGUCACCUCAUGUGCAGACGUCAAGUGUUGAAAGCUACCACAAGGUGGUGUGCUUCUUUGCACCAAAGUUCUUGCACUUCUUCUACCACAGUAUGAAUGCCAGAUUGAUCCUUGCCAUUCUCCAUUUCAAUGAGAAUUCCAACAGACAGCAGGCUAAGAACAAAGCUGGAAAAGAAAUGUGGCAGCUCUCAUUUCCAAAGGCAAAAAAAGGAGAACCAGUAGCCAAACAAGUUAAAGUCCCUUGUACUUAUGCAUACAUUGAUGAGUUGUUGGAUGAAGUAAUGGCUCGUCGGGAGGCCAUACCUUCUUAUGAAGUUGCAAGGCAAGAUUUAGAAGCCCAAAUUGCUCCUGAAUACGUGAAAGACCAAUAUGACAAGGUCGAUAAACUCACAGUUGUGGCAACUAGGAAGUCGAGGUUCACACAGUUGGGUAUUUAAAACCAGUGUAGUCUGCUGACUCCAAG